AAACAUAGUGAAAAAGCCACUUCCCCCUCUCACCUUUCACCGAAAAGUGCAAACAGAGCAGCAUUUUCUUGACUUUACACUAAGCAAAUUAUAAACACCCAUUAAUUAAAGUCUAGAUGACCCUUUAAUCUUGCAUGGGUUCAUGUGACAUUAUCCCUCCUCACCCCAGCUUUAGAGAGAGAAAGAGAGAGAGAGAGAGAGAGAGCCGGCAGCAACAUUACAAGUUCAGUUCUGGUCUUUAACUGAAUUGAACUGGGUUGUUAAAAACAGUUUGAUACUUCAAAAAAAAAAAAAAAGAGCCAUUAGUGGGAGCAAAACUUUUGUGGGAAUUGCAAAGGCUGAAUAAAUUUUCAGGUUUUUGAGGAGAUGGGUGUUGUCACUGUUGGUGAGUUGAAGCCAAGCAUCUCAGGGAAGAGGUCAUUCCGGCCGAGUUCGAGUACGAGACAUGUCACUGAAUGGCCGAUAUCUGAUGUUUCUAGUGAUCUUACAAUUGAAUUAGGAGCAUCAAGUUUUGCACUUCACAAGUUCCCUCUAGUUUCACGGAGUGGAAGAAUUCGCAAGCUGUUGCUGGAAGCAAAAGACUCAAAAAUUACACGAAUAAAUCUUCCAGCUGUCCCAGGUGGACCAGAGGCAUUUGAGCUAGCUGCAAAAUUCUGUUAUGGCAUGAACAUUGAUAUCACACUAUCAAAUGUUGCUAUGCUACGAUGUGCAGCCCAUUUCCUUGACAUGACAGAAGACUUUGCCGAGAAGAACCUGGAAGCACGAACUGAAGCAUAUCUGAAGGAGACAGUGCUCCCAAACAUAUCAAACACGAUAUCUGUUCUUCACUACUGCGAAAAGCUCCUACCUUUAUCAGAAGAUAUCAACCUAGUUAGCAGGCUCAUCAAUGCAAUUGCGAGUAAUGCAUGUAAAGAGCAGCUCACCUCUGGUUUGUCCAAACUUGAGCACAACUUCCCUGCAAAACCAGUCCCAAGCAUGGAAGCAGAAACACCCUCGGACUGGUGGGGAAAAUCACUCUCGGCUCUCAAUCUUGAUUUCUUCCAACGGGUUCUAUCUGCAGUGAAAACAAAGGGCCUCAAACAGGAUAUAAUCAGCAGAAUUUUGAUCAAUUAUGCCCACAAUUCUCUUCAAGGCCUGGUCGUUAGAGACCCCCAGUUAGUUAAAGGAAGUCUCUUGGACUUAGAACUGCAGAAGAAACAAAGGGUCAUUGCUGAAGCAAUAGUUAGUUUACUACCGUCCCAAUCAAGGAAAAGUACAGUCCCAAUGGCAUUUCUUUCAAGUUUGCUGAAAUCUGCAAUAUCUGCAUCGGCAUCUAUUUCUUGCAGAUCGGAUUUAGAGAGGAGGAUCGGUCUGCAACUGGACCAGGCAAUUCUUGAAGACAUCCUCAUUCCAGCAAGUUCACAUGGAAACAACCACAGCCCCAUGUACGAUACGGAUUCAAUUUUAAGGAUCUUCUCCAUUUUCUUGAACUUAGAUGAGGAUGAUGAAGACGACAAUCACUUGAGGGACGAAAGUGAAAUGGUUUAUGAUUUCGACAGCCCUGGAUCUCCUAAGCAGAGCUCAAUUCUGAAGGUAUCAAAGCUAUUGGACAAUUAUCUUGCAGAAAUCGCGCUAGAUUCAAACUUGAUGCCAUCAAAGUUCAUAUCACUCGCAGAAUUACUUCCAGACCAUGCUCGUAUGGUGUAUGAUGGACUGUACCGAGCUGUGGAUAUCUUUCUCAAGGUUCAUCCAAAUAUCAAGGACUCUGAGCGUUACCGGCUCUGCAAAACCAUCGACUGUCAGAAACUAUCUCAAGAAGCCUGCAGCCAUGCAGCACAGAACGAAAGACUCCCCGUGCAGAUGGCAGUCCAAGUGCUAUACUUUGAACAGAUUAGGCUUCGGAAUGCAAUGAACGGGGGUCACAAUCAGUUCUUCUUUGGCUCAAUCAAUGGUCAAUUCCCUCAGCGUUCAGGCAGUGGUGCAGGAAGUGGAUGCAUCUCACCGAGGGACAAUUAUGCAUCCGUAAGGAGAGAGAACAGAGAAUUGAAGCUUGAAGUUGCAAGAAUGAGAAUGAGGCUAACCGACUUAGAAAAGGACCAUGUCUCCAUGAAACAAGAGCUAGUAAGGUCACACCCUGCAAACAAGUUGUUCAAAUCAUUCACCAAGAAGCUAAGCAAGCUCAAUUCCCUAUUCCGAAUCAAAGAUCUUAAGCCCGUAGGAGGCAAGGCUCAUUCAGAAGCACAGUAUUUAUUUCAGAAGCGAAGGCGCCACUCCAUUGCAUGACCAUGUAUGUGCAUGUGAAUAAGUGAGUGUAUAGUAGUGUUACCAUAUUGUGGAUUUGUGUCUGAUGUGGAUAGUGUUGAGAGUGAGUUGAUUUUGGGUUGAUGUGUUGAGUGAGAUUGCUCCCUUAAUUUUUGAUGGAGUCUUUGAAGGCAGGCACUCAAUCAAACAUGUAUUCUAAAGGUGGUAUGUCUAAAGGUGUGUGAGUUAGGUAUAAACAGCUUUUUACCAUAUUUUUCAGCUCGUCAGUUUAUUA